AUGACAGAAGCACAGUCUGCUUCCGAACCCUUGCCUCUCGCUCGCUGGCCAAACACCUUCCUCAAAACGACCGAAGAUGAUCUGGAGAAGAUCCCAGAAGAUAGUCCAGUCUCUCUGGAAGACAAAGAGAAAGAGAAAGAGAAAGGUAAAGAGAAAGUGGAAGAGAAGGUAGAAGAGAAGGUGGAAGAACCACCGAAAUCUUCUUCCUCGUCAUCUUAUACAUCAACAGAGACUCUGAUAGCUCGAGAAAACGCUCUAAGAAGAGCUGCCUUCGAGCGGCAGUGGAGCAACUACCUCGCCAGGAGUCCCAGUCCUGAACUUCCAGUCAGGCGACAACGAGUUGAUACAGAAGAAGAGGAAGAAGAAGAAGACGAGGAAGAAGAAUCGAAGAUGGCCACUGAAUAUAGUCACAACCUGAUGACAUACGAUAGUCACGUACAGGGUCAGUUGGAUUUUGUUGAUGAUGAGUACGAAGAGGUGACCAGAACGUACUAUGAUUCUCACCGCCCUGAGGCACAAACUCCGGAGAGAGGGCCGAGCUCGUCAGAAAGUUCUAUAACUACUGUCAAGGAGGACGGCCCAAUUGAGCAACAGCCCGAGGUAACUGAAACAGACACAUACUAUAAGAUAACAAAGGAACCAACUCCCGAACCAACUCCUGAACAAACUCCUGAACCCAGCCUUGAACCUUCUGAGAGUGAAUCUUCGUCAUCAGAGUCUCGCCAUGAGGAACUGGCAGAUAGGAUCGCUAGACGUAGGGAGCUGGACAGACAGUGGUCGGAGAGGUUUAAAUCGGACAACUCUUCCGUACUGGCUCCAGUCAUAUUCCGUGAAAGUACUGUUGCAGAUCACACCCAAUCUACUCACCCUACUCCGAAACAGAUAGAUGUUCCUAGGGAGAGUAGUACAAGUUCGUCCUCAGAUCCAGAGGAGACCUUUCAGAAUAAGCUGUUUUUCUUCAAACGGCACAGCGUAUCUACCUCGGCUCCUCCUCCGUCUCUAUCUGUAAACUCUCACCAUCCCAUUGCAGAGCCUCCUGUUAAGCCUCCUGUUAAGCCUGAUUUACCAUCUCGUAAAUCUGAAACUCCUGAAAGGUCAACUCCUUCAAAGAGGUCAUUGACUCCAGAGAGAUCCCCUACUCCUGAAAGACAACUCACUCCUGAAAGACCACUUACUCCUGAAAAGUCACCGACACGUGAAAAAUCUCCGACUCCUUCGAGGAGUUCAUUUAGUCUGACUACUCUUUUGGCUAAGGUCACGUCCCAAAAGAGCAGGUCAAGUUCGAUCAGCUCUGUAAGUGCUCACACUUCGGUUGUUCAGUUACCUGUCCAAACACGUUCAGUUGAGGUCCAGGUUGAAUUGAUCAAGCCUUGUGCGUAUAAUUGCCAUAGCAAGGUGGAGCUAGAGUCGGAGUUAGUUCUGAAAAAAGAGGAGAAAAACAAGGAGGAAAAAUCAGAAGAAAAGAGGGAGGGAAAUAAGGAGGUUGAGAAAGUAGAAAAUGAAGAAGAAAAGGAAACUGCGCCACCUAAAGAAAAAACAAAUCCCAGAGAAGAUGAAGCGAAGUCAAGCUGGCCAACGUUUGACAUCGGUCUUCCUACGUUUGGAGGAGAAAAAGAACCAGAGCCAGAGGUGGAAAUUGAUUGGACGUACAAACCUAGAAAGAAAUCAGAUGCAGAAUAUAAAGAUAGGCGCUGGAAUAUCUCCUCCCCUACCCCUGAACGUGAACCAGAACCAUUUGAAGAGGAUACAGAAGAAGAAAAGAAGCUGGAACUCAACUUUCCCAAGUUUGACAUCAAUUUACCGACAUCCAAGAGCGAAGAAACAGCACCAACUAGACCCGAGAAGGAAGAAAAAGUUACUGAAGAAGCUACUGAAGAAACUGUGAAAGAAGAUCUUAAAAAGGAGUCGGAAGAGGAAGGAAAGUUUGAACUUAAUUUUCCCAAGUUUGAUAUCAGUUUACCGAACUUUAAGAGGGAAGAAAAACCUGCACCUAGUUCAGAAAAAGAAGAGGAAGCUCCUAAAGAAGUUGUCGAAGAGAAGGAAGAAAAGGAGGCAGUGGAGGAGGGAAAGUUUGAAUUCAAUUUUCCCAAGUUUGACAUUAAUAUGCCUACGUUCAAAAGAGAGGAAAAAACUCCACCACCUACACCACCUCCCUCUCCUACGAAGAAAGAUAAAAUUAGUGAUUCUGAUGAUAAAGAUAAAGAAAAGGAAAGUGAGAAGGGUGAUUCAAUGUUCAAACUUCCUUCAUUAGACUUCUGGAAGACCAGUGAGAAACCAAAAGAAGAACUUAAGUCGGAAGACAAAGAAGUAGCUUGGAUUUACAAGCCGAGAAAAAGCUCAGAUUCUGGCACAGAGAGACGAUGGCGCGGAAAGGAUCUAUCUGAAUCAAGUUACAGUUCUAGCGAGGAAUCGUCAUCCAGUGUGACUCCUCCUCCCAAAAUUCGCGGCGAAAGUAAACCAAACCUUCCCCGCCGAGACUCUUCCUUCGAAACUGAAGAAGAAAGGCAGCAGUAUCUUCGCUCGAUCAAGAACCGUCCGAAGGUUCACAACGAAGAUAUCAGAAAUAGUAAGAGCACACGAGAGGAUUCAGAGGGCACUGUAAAAUGGCAUCACCUGACUCCGAGUGAACGAGCUAUACUAAUGGAUAAGCAGCUGAAGAAUGGUAUGCAACUGGACACUGCUCGGCAGGAAGUUAAACCUGGAUAUAAAAAACAGGCCAGUCUACCGAGAAUGUCUAGUGGAAAUGUUGGCCGUUGGGGUGGAACUUAUCCAGAGGAAGAAAGACCCAGGACUCUCGAAAGAAGUUCUUCGAUUGUUGACGAUAGAAUAUCCCAGAUUUUUAGCAAAUCGGAAGUAUCCACCGAAACCAGAAGUCCGUCUCCAAACUGGAACUAUGUUAGGAAUACAGUAUACGGACCAUCUUCUGACCAGAAAAUAGAAAAGCAUCCAGAAGUUAGAUCCACCUCUCCAAUCAUUGUUGGAAGCAGUGCUGGGUACAAAGUAAAAGAAAAGAAACAUGUGCAAGCGAAAUCAUCCUUAGACAAAUCAAGAGAGGAUCCUGGAAAACGGAGGAAAAACGAGAUAUCUAGGCAGGAGCCUGAAAAACCGAGAAAAACCUCCACCUGGGCACAAGAAUGGGCCCAAAAGAGGAAUCUCCUUAUAACAGAUGAUAAAUCUUCAUCCUCUUCCAGCGAGUCCUAUGAAGAGUAUGUCGUGAAAAAGGUUACUAAACCUACUCCAGCAUCAAAACCUACAAAGGUUCAACCAAAACCUAUCCUGAAAAAGACACCCUCAAAAUUCAAAGUUUCUGCUGCUCCAAAACCCGUCAGUCCAGUCUCACCUGUUUAUCGGGUUCAGGUCAGAGCUAAACCUUCCGAGCCUGAACCGAGCAAGCCCACUCCAAAACCUACCAAAAAGAAAAAGAGCCGGAGAAGAAAGAAGAAGUACAGCUCAACCUCCUCCUCUUCCUACUCCUACAGCAGCAGCGAUACCUCCACUCCGACCUCCUACUUUCACAGAUCAGUCCCUCCUGAACCAAAAAGUGAAGAUAACCCCACCUUCAGCGCCAAGUGUCGAGCUCUUGCAGAGAGGAACUCUCUGAAACUUCUCACAGUCAGCGAGUACACGAAGAAGUUAGCCACGAUGUUGAUGUUCUCGAAGAAGGAUGCGCUUGAAGGUGGAGAGAACAGCAGUGAGCAUGGCUGUAGCAGGGGUGUUGAUGUAGAGGCUGGUCAUGUUAACUCGACACAGAAACGUCCCCAUAACCCACCCCUGGCCAAUGAGGGACACUAUAGUUGGGAGUACUCUGAAGACUGUUUGCAGGAGGUCACUAACAGCAAGGUGCUGGAUGACUACAAUUACCACACGGUGCAGCUUCAAUGCUCUGUAUCUAGAGGUCCCUACUAA